AUGUUCCCCAAUAGUUCAUUACUGAAUUUCAACGAUUCAAACCAUUUAGCCGAAUGCCAUAAACAAACACAAACAAGUAGCACUACUGUGAAAGAUUCAAGUACAUCGUCACAACCCAGUACAGCAGAUAAAGGUUCCCUUACCAUAAUAGAGUUAAAUGAAUUAGUUCAAGAUCCUGAAAAACCCGGAAACAUAACUAUAAUCAAAGACGUAUUUUCUGAAGAAAUACACGACCACGACAGUGAUUCAGCAUCUGAAAGAGCUAAAUCCAAUAGAUACAAAUAUUGUCGCGAAGUAAUAAAACCGUACCUUAAAGAUUACCCGGUAGAUUGUCCCGUUUCAGAUGAACAAAUCAUUAGAGACGCUUUAUUAGCUGCUCAUCAAGAUUUUCCAGACUAUCAACCUUGUUUUGAAAUUUAUGACGGUGAUAAAGAUAUAACAGAAAAGAAGGAUGGAAUCGACUCUGGUAAUAUAAACAAAAAAUCUAAAGAUAAUUCUGAUUCAAGUAUAAUUAAUACUAAUAAAAAAGCAAGAAAAUCUUGUGAUCCUGAUAAGAACAAAAAAUCUGGCUCUUCUAAAACCAGCAUUGAAGAUAAAGAAACAAAAUCAGAUCUAACAAAAAAGAGCUCUAUUGAAAAAGGUAAGAAGUGCAAAAGUAAAUGCAAAGGUAAAAAAUCUGAUUCUGACUCUAGCAUAAAAGAUACUAACACAAAUACUUUUAAUAAAAAAAGUACAUCAAAAGCUUCUAUUCAUACUAAGGAAUCAUCGAAAAGUAAUUUAAGUUCAAAUAUGAGUGACGAUAAUGGAUGUCCCCCAAAAAAACGAAAUCCCAAGUGCCCCAAGAAAACCAAACGCCCAAGCAUAGAGGAAGAAGUUACUGGUAAAAGAAGACCUUCCCCAGGCCCACCUUCAGCUUGUAAGAGAAAAGCUAAAAAAGAUUUGUCUACAUGUAAAAAUACACCUUCAGAAGGAUCUUGUGAUUCUUCAUCUCAGAAAAAUAAAGAUAAUCCAUGUAACCGAAUAGUAAAGAGUGAUUCUGCUAGCAAACAGUCUCUGACACAAAACGCAGAUAAGCCAAAACUAAUUUCAGAUGCACAUAGCGAAACCAUGGCUAUUAUUAAAGUAGCAGUUGAAGACUUUUUUGGUAAAGUAUACCAAACAACAAAAGAUGCUGUUACUACUAUUAAAACUGAAAGCGCAAAGCAAAUGUGUAGCAUGUCUUCAAAAAAAUCGGAGUCAUCUGAUCUUCCACCUCGUAAAGUUUGUGAUGAAAACAAUAGCAAAAGUGUAGGAACUGAAAACUUCAAGUUUUUCAGAAAUAUGAAUGAAAUUGAACGUGAUAGGAAAGACACAGUUAUUGGCCACGGUCUAAGUAAGACAGCAGAGAUGGUUGUAGGUAAAAUUUUAAACAAAGUAGACUCUACAAUAUCUAUGCUAAGCAAUCAUGUAAACUUGGAAAAAGCUGCUAGUAUUAUAAAAAUAAGGAGUGAUUCUAAUUCACCAUUUAAUAAUUUAGCAGAAGCAACGACAUCAAAUCAUAGACCGACAAGUGUCGGGACCAGUAUGUUCACUGCUAUCAAGUCUAAAAUAAUGUCAAUGUUUAGCGAAAAUGAGAUGCAACAGAUUUUACCUACAAACUCCAGUGAAUCGGCAAAUAAUAUGUAA